AUGAAUCCUUCGUUCAUGGUCCGAAUUGAUUCACUCGAGCACCCAAUCACGAUAAACCUUAGAAUAUAUAAUAAACCAAAAGAAAUAAUAAAAAAAAAUNAUAUUCGGCGAAUGAAGUUUGCAGAUCUCCGUGUGUACAGCGACUACUGGGAUAAGUGGACUAUAGGGCUCGGUGUGAGUUUGGGCAAUGUCAUGUUCCAGAAAGGAUGGCGUACCUUUCUUCAUGAUAAUGAAAUAUUUGAAGAGGACACCCUUAUUUUCAGACAUAUUACUCUUAACCUGUUUGAAUUAAAAUAUUUUAAUAAACAAGGGGGCUUAAAAUGCCCUCCUCAAUUGGGAGAUCUACCACCAUAUGAUGGUCAAAACGAUUUUAUGACAUAG